AUGAUUGCUGAAAGACCGGGGCAGCGGGUGACGUACCUCUCUUGGAACAACGAAGGCACAAGCCUGGCGGUUGGUCUGACGCAUGGUUUUGCUAUUUACAGUACAGAAUUGCUUUUGAAUGAGGAUGGAUGCCUGCGUGAGGUCAUUCAACGACCUGUGUUAGGCGGCGUAGGCAUCCUGGCUUUACACGGGCAGAGUAACCUGGCCAUUUUGGUGGGCUGGGAAGCCAGUCGCCGCGACACCGUCACGAUACUGGACCUCUCUGUGGACAACACAAUGAAUGACGACCCGUCGGUGCUGGCGCGUGUCAAGCUCUCUGCAGUAGUGACUGCGGUGCGGUUUCAUCCCUGUAUGGUGUUGGUGGGCGUUGAAACGGGCCUCACCUACGUUUUUGACCACACACUACAUAUGAUUGAGUCAUUUGAGGUGUCGAAGCCGGCAUUGAGCUCGCGUCCGAGGGGUGAAACGUUGGCGUUGGGCACCGUGCUUGUGGAGAAAUCGGCGUGUGGUAUUUUUUAUUCGCAAUUGUAUGGGGUCAUUCUUGGUCCGAGGACCGGAACGGUGCGAUGCGUUUGUUACGCUAGUGAAAGGCAUGUACAGUCAAGUUUGCUGCAAGAUCCAUUUCCCGACCUCGGGAAGAAACUCACCCCUCAACUCACGGUAAACGUUGUGGAGCUUCACCGCAAUGAGGUGAGUUGCAUCACCAUCACUCCCGACGGUAUGCGGGCACUCACGGUGAGUGAGCGGGGGACAUCGCUUAAGCUACUUGAUGUUGAGAACCACACGGUACUUUGUCAGUUCUCGCGAGGAACAACUCCCAAUGUGGUUCAUGCGUUGGGGUUGCUUGUCUCUUCCACGGACACCAUAGCUGCCUGUAUUUCAGGCUCAGGCACCUUUCAUCUUUUCCAUCUUCACACUUAUAACUCUUCCGAUACUAGGGCUGCUGGGGCAGGCAAUGCUGAUCGAGGCGUCGGCAGCUAUGGCUUUAUGCGAGCAUGGUCGGAUUAUAGAAACAGUGUGUGCCCCAGAGCACGUCUGCUAAUUCCAGAAGAUGAGUUGUACAAUAGUCUGUGCAGACAAGAUGAUUCUGGAAAGUCAAUCUAUAGCAUGGUUCUUCGCCCCGUUGCCCAAAAAGACUCUUGUGUGGCCUUUGUUGUUCAGCGAUGUAUGUUGCCCCAAGGAGUGACGAGAAGGGCACGGCUUCUUUCCGUUCAGGCGGAUUUCUCAGCAGUGGAGCCUAUGAAAAUUAUGCGCAGCUUUUAUUUUCCAAAGGACGAGCUGUAA